UAUGCGGCUGUACAAGGGAUUGUGGGUUUACAUGGCGGCGCCCUGUAGAGAGAUGUUUAGUUAUGUCCUACUGACUUUACUAUAAAAUAUGUGUAAUUGUAGCAUGACGUAGAUGAACUAAACAUGUGGAAUCAAGUUCGUAAGCUGCAAAAUAACCGGACAGUAAAAUACGGGGUCCCGAUGCUGCUGCUGAUCGUGGGAGGCUCGUUUGGUUUGAGAGAAUUCACUCAGAUUAGAUAUGAUGCUCAGAAGAUCCAAAGAAAGCUGGACCCGGCACUGGAAGCCAGAGUGAAGAGUCAGAAACAGUCUGUCAUCCUUCAGGAGGAAUAUGAGAAAUUAAAGGAUCAGGAUUUGGACGGAUGGAAGAACAUUCGUGGUCCGCGUCCAUGGGAGGAUUCAAAGGAGCAGCAGAAUGAGCAGCGCGCUCGACUCAAUAAAGGCACAUAACACUGAACACUUGAAACUCCCUCUACUGGCCUGAAGAUGUAAGACACUUAGCCAAACCAGUGCAGUGUACAUUGCUCAUUCCUGGAUAAAAAUCGGCACUAUUUAUCUGAUUUUGUUAUAGAAUAACAAAGACUCUAUCUAAACUAGAUAGACUGCAAAUUUGGAUUUUACAGACACAUGAAACGUCAGUUUUUUUUUGUGGGGGUGGGAGGUGUCUUUUCUAAUACACUGUAGUAUGUAUAUUUUGCUCUCUCCAGUGUCUUUUGUGCAUAAAUUAUGUUACCAGUAUAUAAUAAUGUUUAAUUCAGGACUCUGGCCUGUAGGAAAAUAUCCUCUUGUUUAUUUCAAUCUAGGCUACCAGGCGUACGAAAAUAGUGUAAUCAAUGGUAGCCAAUCAUCUCGUAGUGUUUUUCAAAAAAUGAAAUUAAAGUCCAAUCAUAUUUCCAUAUCGAUUCAUUUGCAGUUAGUGUAGGCGGGAAUUUCAGUAUGCGGUGGUUGCUCUAAAGAGCAGAAGAUUAUGAAGUCUGACACGAAGAUGAUUCAUUGCAAUUAUUACAAGAUACAAGAACAUGAAUGAGCAUUAUAAGGUAUGUUAAAAGAAACCGUAAAGCUUCCUAAAAUAUAUACAAUAAUCAAUGAAUCUGUGUUUUAACUGCAAAACAACUGUCAAUAAAAACUUCAUGUAAACUGU